CGCGUGCAGUGGGAGGAGCCUGGAGCUGCUCGUUCUGUCAUUGCAAAUGGUUGGGCGACGUGGACCUUCAACUGGACACCUUAACUUUCUUUAUUUCUUCUAGAAAUUUUUAUUGUAGGCUAUAAGGCGAAUAAUCAACACUCUACGCGGAUUAGUUGUUUUUUUGUGUGUAAAGAAACACUUUAUAUAACUUAUAUUAUUUAAAGGAAAGUCUCGAGUGAUUUCCUCCAGAAAUAGCCAGUGGACAUUUGGUGGAAAAGUGGACUUUAGGUGGACGCAAAAUAAAGCGAAUGUAGCGUUAAACAUCUGGAUAUUUUUUGGGGUUGUUUUUGUAGCCGGUUAACUUUGUUUAUAGACGCAUAGAAGCAAAUAAUCAUUUAUUAAUAAGGGAAAAGAGAAGAGAGAGAAAAAAAAGAAAUGGGCUUGCACCCGUUGGAGUUCAGUGAGUGUUACCUGGACAGUCCAGCUUUCAGGGACAAAAUUAAAGCUCAUGAAGCAGAGCUGGACAAAACCAACAGGUUUAUUAAAGAGCUGUAUAAAGACGGGAAAAAUCUCAUCAACGCCACAAAACAGCUCUCUCAGGCCCAGCGUAAGUUUGCUCAGUGUCUGAAGGAGUUCCAGUUUGAGUACAUCGGGGACGCAAAGACUGACGAUGAAAAGUGCAUCGAUGAGUCUUUACAGGAGUUUUCCUCCUUCCUCAGAAACCUGGAGGAUCAGAGGGAGCUGAUGAUGGCGAACAUUACAGAGACACUGAUGAAGCCUCUAGAGAAGUUUCGGAAGGAGCAGCUGGGUUCAGCCAAGACAGAGAGGAAGAAAUACGAGAAGGAAACAGAGAAGUACUACACAUCUUUGGAGAAGCUCUUAAACAUGUCGGCGAAGAAGAAGGAACCGCAGUUGCAAGAGGCAGAUGUAGCAGUGGAGUCAAUGAGGCACCACUUUCAGGAGGAGUCUUUGGAGUAUGUGUGCAAGCUGCAGGAAAUCCAGGAGAGGAAGAAGUUUGAGUGUGUCGAGCCUAUGCUGGCGUUCUUUCAGACCAUGUUCACCUUCUACCAUCAGGGAUAUGAGUUGGCCAAAGACUUCGAUCAUUACAAGCGAGCGCUGCAGAUCAAUAUCCAGAAUACACGGAGCCGUUUCGAGGGAACUCGUUCUGAAGUGUAUGAGCUGAUGAAGAAGAUAAAGGAUGCUCCACAAGACUACAGACAGACCAGCCGCAUCAGCAGCGAGGGCUACCUCAAUGUCCAGGAGAAACGUCCUCCACCGUUCGGCUCCAGCUGGGUGAAGAGGUACUGCACGUUCGUCAAGGAGCAGAAAAUCCUCCACAUGAUCACGUACGACCCCAAAUCCGGCGGCAAGUGUGGUGAAAACGAGUCUGUUACACUGAAAUCCUGUGUGAGGAAAACUACAGACACUCUGGACCGUCGAUUCUGCCUGGAUAUCGAGAUUACAGACCGCCCCGGCAUCGUGCUCACCGUCCAGGCGCUCUCUGAAGAUGACCAGAGAUUCUGGAUGCAGGCGAUGGGAGGCAAAGAGCCGGAUCACCAUCUCGGGAAAACCUAUUCAAAAGAACGAGGAAUCGAUGCACAGCUGGAUGACGUGGGCGUGAAUUUUGUGAGGAAUUCGAUCAACGCUAUUGAGGCGAGAGGGAUCAAUGACCAGGGCUUGUACAGAGUGGUCGGGGUCAGCUCCAAGGUGCAGAAGCUCCUCAGUCUGAUGAUCGAAGAAAAGAAUACUGAAGUGGACUUGGCCAUGUGUGAGGACUGGGACGUGAAGACCAUCACUAGCGCUCUGAAACAGUUCCUGAGAAGUCUUCCCGAGCCGUUAAUGACGUACGCCCUGUAUAAGGAGUUCAUCGUCCCUGCAAAGAGCGCGAGUCCGGAGUCUCGGGUUCAGGCCAUUCACUGUCUGGUGCACCGGCUGCCUGAGAGGAACCGAGAGGUGUUGAGUUUAGUCACCAAGCAUCUCGCAAAUGUGGCAGACCACAGCAAGCAGAACCUGAUGACCGUCGCGAACCUGGGCGUGGUGUUCGGCCCCACCCUCAUGCGGCCUCAGGAGGAGACGGUGGCGGCCAUCAUGGACCUCAAGUUCCAAAACAUCGUGGUGGAGAUUUUCAUCGAGCAGCACGAAAAGAUAUUUGGAGAUGCUCCGAGCACUUGUCCAUCCUCCACUCUCUCUUCGCUCACCGCUCCAACGCGGCAGUCUAAGAAGCAGGCACGCCAGAGCCGCCCGCUGGCUGUGUACAACCCCCUGGACAUCCACACAGUGUCUCCGUCCUCUGAGAACAUCUCUCUGACCCCCGAUGAAGCCUCUCUGGGCAGUAAUGAGUCCGUAUCCUCGCAGUCCUCCACGGCGUCAACCUCAGAAACCCCUCCGGAGGAGACCAAGAAUCCCCAUGGCAACACCGUGGACAACCCACAGAACUCUGGAGGGGGAUCAGGCUUGGUAUCGUGGAUGAACUCAACUCCUACAUGUUUAACACCUCAGACUAAAGCUGCAGACACAGAAGAAGAAGCAACAGAAGCAGCCGGAGGACAGACAGACAAAUGUGCAGAAAGUGUCACUCUCAUGAAAGCCAAGGCUGUGUACCCCUGUGAAGCCGAGCACGAUUCCGAACUCUCCUUCCAGGUCGGGGCAAUCUUCCACGCUGUGACUCCGUCUCGUGAACCCGGCUGGUUGGAGGGAGAGCUGGGGGGGAAACGAGGCCUCAUCCCUCAGAACUACGUGGAAAUACUGCAACAAAUGGACCAAGCUGAAUAAACACACACAUCUAUACAAACCUACAUCCAUCCGUAGAUAAACGGGAACUGAAUAUACAUGGUAUCCAUGAUGUGGCCUUGACCUCUUCCCCAGCGCACUUACCCACGUUCCCUUCCUCCGUUUUCGCCACGUGCGACCCAGCUAGGACGUUCUCUAGGAGUCGAGGCGGCAGAUUUAACACUCCAUUAAAAAAAAAAAAAAACAUCAGAAGCCGUGUCACAAGCCGGUUAUAAAAAAAACUGUAUAUAUUAAAUGUCCUUCAUGGGUGUGUUUUUUUUUCCUUUGCAUGUUUUUUAACUAGCUUGGAUCUAAUGCAUGGGUGUAUAAUACUAUUUUAUAUUAUAUUAUUUAAUUCAAGCAGCUCCUUUCAUUCAAGUGUGUGUCUCUCUAAACCCAAUACGAGUAUACGUCCGUGUACAAAUGUUAAAGCACUCCCGCACGCUGACGUCCACUCCACAUCAUCUUUCCCGUGAUUGUUUUUUUUUCGCUUUUUAUUCUCACUACGCUUUUUUCCUGCUUCGACGCCGUCCAAGAAUCUGGACGGAAUCUUGUUUUUUUUUUGUUUUUUUUUUAACAGUGUGUACAGUGCACGAUGAAAACAAUGCAUCUGAAUUGAAUCCUGAAUGAAAACCAAACCAUUUCAAGAUGCCUGGAAAUGCAGUAUUGCCAAGUCUUGUACACACAUUUAUGCAUCUUUAUAAUCAUUAUUCCCUAAACACCGUUAAAGCUCAAGUGCUUCCAGAGAGAAUUUUUUGAUUUUUUUUCCUCAGACGUUCUCGCUUUCUCACGCAGCACUUGUUUUAAUUCCUUUCUUUCUUUUUGCUUUUAUUGUCAAACAGUGUUUUCUUCAUGCGGUUUAUAUUUGGGACUGAGCGCCGUGGCGGUAGUGUGAGAGAGUGAUUUAUGGCCCGGCGCCGCUCUGAUUUUUCGUCUUGUUGGAAAAACUGUCGAUCAAUGUUAAAUGAAUAAACGCUUUUUAUUCCUC